AUGGACGGGUACAAUGAUGACUUCUACAAUUCCCAGUAUUAUUUGCCUCCAUCCGCCAACAACCACCUGGAUCAAUCUCGGCCAGCCGACGACCAACAUGGCCAGAUGAUGCCGUAUACCGCUCCCGACCACAUGCAGGUCGGGGGUUUCUCCUACCCGCCACAGAGGCCGGAUAUGCUGGCCUCCAAUCCCCCGUUUAUGUUCCAGCCUCAACCAUCCAACUUGCCUCUACAGUCCACGGGCUACCAGGAUGGCCGCGUGCCCAAUAUGAUGUUCGCGUAUGAUCCGCUCUCCAUGUCUAUGGGGUCCGGAAAUCCAUUUGCCUACGACCCGUCCCCGUACCCAUCCACGAUGCCGUUGGAUCAUAGUCGUACCCACGGUCAACCCCUCGAUCACCAUUCCGCGGCUCAAUACGAAUCGUUACAGUCGCAUUCAAUGAAUAUGGACCAUACGGCGCAAUAUGCGGCGAUGCAAACUCAGACGACGUACCCCAGCGCGUACUGGGCGCAGUCCCAGCCCCAGGUCCAACAGCAACCAGUUCAACCCCAACUCCAAAUGCAACCUCAAGUCCAACAUCCACCUACUCCCGAAAUCCCUCGUACUCAGCCGGUAUCCGCUGUUCCUAUAUCAGCUGCAAAUGCCCCCUUGCCUGUCGACCCGGCAAACUCGCGUAGACGACCACGAGCACUACAGUCGUCCGCGCCAGCGCCAGCGCCCAGUGCACCGGCUUCUCAUCGGUUCAUUCAGCCCAAGAGGCCAUCACCAGUGAAGGCCUCCUCCUCGACAUCACAUCCUAGAUCGGUAUCGCGCGGCGAAUCCUCGCAAUAUGCUAGCAUCUAUUCGACCAGUGGCUUUGACAUUAUGGGUGUUUUGGCUGAAGUGGUAUCGCGGCCGAACCCUAAGAUCGACAUAGGCGCAGUUGAUUUGUCAUGUGCAUUUGUUCUCUGUGACAUAACCAAAGAGGACCAUCCUAUUGUCUAUGUCUCGGAGGCUUUUGAGCGGCUCACAGGCUAUACGGAAAAGGAAAUAGUUGGCCAAAACUGUCGCUUCCUACAAGGGCCAGAUGGUGUGGUCCAACAAGGCAUGAAGCGGGCCUUUGUCGACCAGCACACUGCCUUUCGCCUGCGAUCGACCAUUGAGGAUAGAACAGAAAUCCAAGCCAGUAUCAUCAACUAUAGGAAAGGUGGUCAGCCAUUCAUGAAUCUGAUCACAAUGAUUCCCAUCCGAUGGAAUUCCAGCGACUAUCGAUUCUACGUGGGGUUCCAAGUCGACCUCGUCGAAAAGCCUGACGCCGUCACCCGGAGAAAUCCAAACGGUACCUACAUGAUUAACUACCAGCGCACGCAAUUGCCCAAUUACGUGGUGCCUGCUUCCGAGAUAUUCCGCACCAACCCCGAACUUGGUGUCAUGUUUGGCCCCGAAGAAGUGUCCACCGUCUUGGACGGAGUCCAAACUGGGGAUCCAAAUCUCAUGAUGUACCUGGAACGAGUAUUAGUCGAGAAUACUGACGACGUAAUACACGUGCUCUCAUUCGAGAGCGAAUUCCUCUAUCUGUCUGCGUCCUGUCGAAAGAUCCUAGAAUAUGAGCCGUCCGAGUUGGUGGGCAAGACCUUGUCGACGGUGUGCCACCCUAGCGAUAUUGGACCUGUGGUUCGUGACAUGCGUGCUUGCACGACCACCGAACCCAUCAGCAUGGUGUAUCGGAUCCGAAGGAAGCAGGGCGGAUAUGUUUGGUUCGAGUGCCACGGAUCAUGGCACAUUGCGGAUCGGAGACGGCAGUUCAUGGUUUUAACUGGGCGAGUUCGUCCAAUCUAUUGCCUGGAUCAGGUUGCGAAGCUUGGACGGGGCGGGUUAGCUGAGAACGACAUCUGGGCCAAACUAUCCAAUUCGGGAAUCAUUCUCUUUAUGUCUUCGAGGGCGCGGGCAGUUCUUGGCCGCACGCCGGAUACCCUGAUCGGCAAAAGCCUCCAAGAUCUGAUCGAUGUGCGUGGAGAGGCACAACGAGCUCUAGGACUGUCUCGAAAUGGCCAGCAAACCACCUUUGCACAUAAAAUCCGCCACCGAAAGGGCCAUAUGCUGCCGGUGCACACCACAUUGUACCCGGGUGAUACCAAAGAAGGGAUGAGGCCUUCUUUCCUCGUUGCCCAGAUCAGUUUCCCCCGGCCGCCGGCGAGCGCUUCUCCGGGACCCUCGAAUCGACUUGCUCCGGGCCAGUCCACUCGGGAGGGACCCAGUCGAUUACCCUCGGGGAACCAGCGCGACCCAUCAUCCCAGGAGACUCUCUUCACCGAACUGAUACCAACGAGAGGCUCAAGCUGGCAGCUGGAGCUGCGUGAUCUGGAGAAACAGAACCGGUCUCUUUCCGAGGAGCUGCAGCGGCUGCUUACGCGAAGGAAGAAGCGCAAGCGCAAGCUGAGCACCGUGUUGGCGGAGAAGAGUUGUGCGACCUGCCAUACCAAGCGAACGCCCGAAUGGCGGCGAGGGCCCAGCGGAAAUCGCGAUCUUUGCAAUAGCUGCGGACUUCGAUGGGCCAAGCAAGUUCGAAAUGCGGCACAAACGCAGGCACAGGCACAGGCACUAGCACAGGCGCAACAGGCUCAGUCUGCCGAGCGCGCUCGUGCCAGCUGA